GGACCUUUCUAAGAAUGCGGAAGUGGAGCAGUGAAUUCCUAUGGAUCUUUCUUAUUGUACUUCAGUGCAAUGGACAGUUCUAUAGGAUAUGAUUAAGUGGGAUGGAUGAAAACAAUGAAUGUGGCGAGGUGGACUAUUUGCUGCAAGCUGAAGACUCACUCAUAGAGGGAGUCAGCAACCCAGUCCUGUUGGUUGUCGUUCUCAGUGUCACGUUCCUGUGUGGACUGGUAACUCUGCUCUGCAGAAAUGAGCAGUAUAACAUCCACCCAGAGAACCAGGAACAUGUUCGUGCUGUCCGGCAACAGCUACAGUCCGAAUCUCAGGAAGCUGAACCAGCCGAACCCAGGCAACAGUUCUAUACAGACAUGUCCUGUCCAGUGUGUCUACAGCAGGCCGUGCUGCCUGUGGAAACUAACUGCGGCCACCUCUUCUGUGGUUCUUGUAUAAUUGCGUAUUGGAGAUAUGGGACGUGGUUCGGUGCAAUCAAUUGUCCCAUCUGCAGACAAAUGGUGACCCUGUUGUUCCCACUCUUCCACGAGGAAGUAUCCCCUCAGCAGGUACAGGAUGGAACGGUUGAACCUCUCUUCAUCCUCCGGGAUCUCAGCGACUACAACCGCAGGUUCUCCGGACAACCCAGAUCUCUGAUGGACCGGCUGCGUGACGUUCCCACGUUGCUGCGCCACCUCUUCAGGGAUAUGUUCUCCGUCGGGGGCCUGUUCUGGAUGUUUCGGAUCCGUGUCCUGCUGUGUCUGAUCGGGGCUCUGACCUACCUGAUCUCCCCACUGGACUUCAUCCCUGAGGCUCUGUUCGGUCUGCUAGGCUUCCUGGACGACUUCUUCAUCAUCCUGCUUCUGUUCAUCUAUAUCUCUAUCAUGUAUAGAGAGGUGGUGACCCAGAGACUGGCAGUGUGAUGGAGAGGUGGUGACCCAGAGACUGGCAGUGUGAUGGAGAGGUGGUGACCCAGAGACUGGCAGUGUGAUGGAGAGGUGGUGACCCAGAGACUGGCAGUGUGAUGGAGAGGUGGUGACCCAGAGACUGGCAGUGUGAUGGAGAGGUGGUGACCCAGAGACUGGCAGGGUGAUGAAUAGAGGUGGUGACCCAGCAACUGGCAGCGUGAUGAAGAGAGGUGGUGACCCAGAGACUGGCAGGGUGAUGAAGAGAGGUGGUGACCCAGAGACUGGCUGGGUGAUGAAGAGAGGUGGUGACGCAGAGACUGGCAGGGUGGUGAAGAGAGGUGGUGACCCAGAGACUGGCUGGGUGAUGAAGAGAGGUGGUGACCCAGAGACUGGCAGCGUGAUGAAGAGAGGUGGUGACCCAGAGACUGGCAGGGUGAUGAAGAGAGGUGGUGACGCAGAGACUGGCAGGGUGGUGAAGAGAGGUGGUGACCCAGUGACACAAUGUGGUGACACAAUGCCAGAACCAGUGACCUAUAAUCGAUUAGUUUCAGGUCAAAGGCACUCGGUGAGGAGGGUGCUCUGUGUCUGUUGCUUUGGAUUGGAGUUCCACCAUGCAAAAGAUUGGGGACUAGUUGCUGUGUCUGCUGGCAUCAAAAUGUCUAUGAUUGAGAGUCCUAAAGUUAAUAUUCAGUCAUGUCUGCUUGUUUCAUCAGUUGAGAUGUAAUCCUUUUGAAUCUGAAAGUGUGUGUGUUUAAAAAAAAUAUAUAUAUAUAUUAUUAUUUAAAAACAUUUUUUAGGAAUUGACUAGUUACAAAGCAGCUGCUGGAUUCAAUCUAGUCUUUGUAUAAAUAGCUGGACUGCCCUGUAGCAUGGCAUGUAAAAUCAAUCUGGGGAAAAUAUGUGACAUGUUAAAGAGACUUAUCUCAUCGUCUUAUGUGUAAGGAUUACUGUGAAAUAAUAUUAUUAUUAAUGAGUAAAGAAAACCGUAGACUUAUUUAAACAAAAUUAAUGACCGUUGUUACAGAUUAAAAUGAUUUAAUCUAUUUUAGUUUAAGGGCUAGUCUUUAAGAAAUGUAAAACUUUUUUGGGGGGGGGGGAAACUA